UAUAGGAAUUGUUUCCUUUAACAGAGAAACGAGAACUCUUGGAAAAAUGAACCAAACUUCUGGGACCCAGGCUUUCCCUUAUCAGCAACCUGUUGGCCAGGUCCCUCCAGGUCAAUUCCAGCCCUUGUUUGUCCAGGCCCAGGCCUCUCCUGGACAGUAUGUUCAACAACCGGUUGGACAGGUUGGACAACCUCAGGUACAACCGGUUCAGCCAGCAGCAGCGCCAGCCGUGCCAAAGACUACUGCUUACUGGCAAAGUGCCUUGAUUGCAGAGAGAGUGGUUGAGUUUCUUUUCCUGUCAGCUGCCUGGAUAUCGAUUGUUAGAUAUACCAAUGGAUAUGAAAUUACUAACGGAAGAGUGAAUUUUUUUAAGGGAAUCACAGUGUUCUGCUGGAUCGAGUCCAUUGUGUUUCAAAUUGGGUUUGUUUUUGGCUUCAACCACAUCAAGUGCCUCUUUUCGCAACCGUCACUCUUGACAACUAUCUGCUUCAUUGUGCAUAUCGUUCUAACCAUCUUACUGGUGGCUUGUACAGUAACCCUCGUGUUUCAUGCGCAUGAAGUGUCCAAGAUGUACGACUUCCUGCCUCUGCUUAUAAGGACCAACCUUGAUGAACUCUACUUGGCUCUGAUUUUUGGUUUCCUGGCCUGCUUUUCGUUCUUUGAAACCGUUCGAUUGUUCUUCAAAAUGAUCGUUACUCAGAGAGGAGAGGAAGCCCCUGACAACAGUGCACAAACGGCUCAGGAGCUUGGUACCCAGCCUUCUACCAUACAACCCAAAACUGAGAUUUGAACAAGGAAAGGAAACCUUUAUCUAGCUUACAAGAUAUACCAGUGUGUUGUAAGUUAAACCUAGCUACCGUUAGAAAUAUCUGGCUACGAUUCGGUUAAAAUGACGUAAUAUCUUACUCUAUUUAGCUAUUUUCCUUUUUUUGCAACGUUAGCUUCGGUGUUUUUGUAGUUUACACCAUGUGACACGUCAUGACGGGAUCGUGUGCUUUAAGUUAGAAAAACCGAACCAUUUCUCCCGUCAUAUAUUUUAGUUAGUUUUUUGUACUAAACCACACCUAACAAGUAUACUCAUUUUCAACUUACUGACCUAUGUAUGUACCCAGUCACUUUAUGUGAACCGAAAAAAAUAAAGUUUGUUCAUGGUCAGAGUGCUUCUGACCUAAACUGCAA